AUGAAUGUGUCGGCGCGGAUAUGCUGGUUGAGAGGCAAAAUACACAGGGCCCUUCAUCUGGUCAACGCCGCGUCGCGGGAGGGAAGUUUCCUCAACCGCUCCUCCUUCAAUGCGUCCCACCGCCCCUCGUCCGUCUGCCGCCGGCCCCCACCCCCGAGCGCGCCCAUCCCCGCCCCGCCCCCGCCUCACCGCCAAAUCCCGCGCCCCGGCCGCGGCUCGAGCGGCCCCGCACCGCCGCCUCCCGCCCCGGCCCCCGAGCGCCGCCGUGGUGGCCGGUAUGGUGGCCUCCACGCACACCGGCGUGAAGAGGAGGCGAGCACACGUCGUCACAGGCCCCACCGCCGUCUCCCCCCCCCCCGCCCCGAGCGUCCCCCCGUCCCUGCCCCUGCCCCGGCCCAGAGCGCCCCCGCCCCGAAGAGGAACAAGCCGGCCAGCUUGGGGCCAAAGAAGGCCCGACCGAAGAAGCCGGCCAGCCGCAAGAAGGCCGAUCCUCCGCCUGUGUCCGUCCCUCCACCGCCAAACGCCAAUGAGGUGCUCGAUGAAAUGGAGGCCCCUAUUGCUUCUUACAUGGGACUGCUCAACGAUGCCGAGGUGAACAUUGGGGCUCCUCCCCUCGAUUUGUUCGACUUUGAAGGUAAGGAGGAAGAGGAAGAGGAGGAGGAGGGGGAAGAGGUGGCCAAGAUCAAUGAGGCGGCGUUCGAAGCCGCUCAACGGGAAGGGUUGCUCGCCGGCCCGUAA